ACAGUUUAUAGGAACUUCACCUGGGUUCAAAAGAAGGUAAAACUCGGUCAGCUCAGAGGCUUCAACUCUUGUGAAGGACAUCAGGGUCAGAGGAAGGGUUUUUGGGGAAACGCGUGCCAAGUCCAUUUGUUUAUUUUCUGCUAUAAAAGACGCUGUGUGUCUCUGAUCAGAGAGAAAAGAGGAAGCAGGGGAACAAGACAGGAGCGGUCCUUCACAGCAUCUCUUGCUCAGACACUCUCUCUCUCUCCCUCUCUCUGUCUCUCUUUUUCUUUCUCAGUCCUCCACAGCACCCGUUCAGGAGGACACUGACUCUGGGACGUUUGUUCUUUUUUUGUGCCUCUGCUUCACGAUGAAGUUGCUCCUAUCAGUAGUGGUCCUUUUUUUAGCAUUAAAUGAAGUAUUUGCAGAGGAAGUUGGUCCAAAUGAAGACCAGGAUUACUGGCCAAACGGCUCCAUAAUGCAGGAUGACUGGCUUCAAGCCAAUCCCUUCAGAGAGAUACUCAGACGGAUAACGAGAAAACCUCGGCCACAUCAGUUCAUCGGUCUAAUGGGGAAACGCUCCUCCGGUAACACACAGAUUACACGAAAAAGGCAUAAAAUUAACUCCUUUGUGGGGCUGAUGGGUAAAAGAAGCCAAGAGGAACCUGAUUCGUACGACUGGGUCUUUUCACAGAACUACGAUAAAAGGCGCUGACAAACAGGCCGACCUCCAUCAACGCUCAGUCGAAACACCGCUUAUCUUCAAACCCCCCCUCCCCCCCCCCUCCCCACCAUUUCAUCUUCUAGACUCCAAUAAAGCAAUCUGUUUUCCCCACCGUGUGUGAUGUAGCACUAACCGUGCCAAUUUGUGUACUAGGAAUGGAAGGGGACGUUUUGAUACCGUCCGAUCUGUAAUAUCCUGUUACUGUCCAAGUCGUUGAAAAAUACUAGUGGACUAUUUGCACUGCCAAACUCUGCAUAGUGCCUCGUCAUUGUCCGAUCACCAUCUGACUGUGCUGUAAAUACUUGGUCAUGUUUGUCAUUCUCAGCUGUUCAUCACUGUAGCUGUGGCUUAACGUUAUAAUUAAAUAUUAAAGUUAUUUUCACUAUUGGGGGAAUUGUGGCUUGGAAACAUUGUGGUUGUAAAUGUGGAGCGUGUGCGCUGUCUAGUGGCGUGAGCAUGUCAUUACAGUGUCAUUUAGUGCUUCAUCGAAUGAGGUGUUAAACAUAAAAUUUAACAUUUUACAUGGGAGUGAAUGAACUUUAACAGAAUAUCCUAUGAAAAAGCACACACACACACACAGUACAUUUCAUACAUUGCACCACAUUAUGCAUUGAAAUUGCUCUC